CGCGCGCCAGUCAAGACUAUUCAUCGAGUCCAUCGAGUCCAUCGAGCGGUAACGGAUUAAACAUAAAAACUCAUUACGUGCAUUUCGAUAACCAUUUCGAAAGGAAAUCUUUAUUAAUUGAAAAUUCUCACCAAGCUUACAAACAAUGAAAACAAUUGCUUUAUUGUGUUUAUUAGGCGCCAUUUUGGUUUCGGUACAAGGUCGCCCACAACGCGAGGGCGCUGCCUAUACGAAUGAAGCCAUACGUCAGGCCCAACAGACCUUCCUUAUACCAAAGGACGCACAAAUACAGAACGUACAAGAGGGCAUUGAAUUGGGCGCAUACGAACAAAUUCCCGGCAAUCAAAGAAUAAAUCUAUUCGAAAUUUUGGGUGAUCAAGUGCCAUCAGAAGUGAUCAAUAAUUUGCAAGCGCAGGUGGAUCAGAUCGGUAGAAAUUAAAACGGAAUUAAAUGAAAUUUUGAAGAGCUAAAUGUAGUAUUCCGAAAAUAUUUAAAUUAAAUAAUAAUAUUUACCG